AUGGCGACAGGCACGACGAAAAAGGUCUUAAUUCUCGGUGGCACUGGUAAGGUCGGCCGCCAGAUCACGAAGCUGUUUGCACGAACCUCGACACCGGUCUACCAAAGUUCUCGGAGCGGGGCCUCGACCACGGAGCCGGAUGCCGACAACAUCCAGCCGGUCGCGUUUAGCUGGGAGAAUGAGCAGACGUGGGCGGCGGCGCUCGACGUCGGCGCCGCCAGCAUCUUCCUCGUCCCACCGCCGGUAAUGGACAUGCUUUCGCCGAUGCGGUCAUUCAUUGACCGAGCACGCACUCGGGGUCGCACAACGAGAUUUGUGCUGCUGAGCGGAAGUCCAAUGGAGCCUGACAUUAACGGGUUCGCGAUGGGACGGCCGCAUGCGUAUCUGAAGGACCUCGGCGACAGGGGCGAAGUGGAAUGGGCUGCAUUGCGACCGACGUGGUUCCAGCAAAACUUUUCAGAGCAGGAGAAGCACCGCCUCACGAUUGUGAAGGAGAGCACCGUGUAUUCCGCCGCGGCAGAUGGCAAGAUUCCCUGGGUGGCCACGGAGGACAUUGCCGCCUGUGCAUUCCAGCUCCUCACGCAAGAGGACGCGCCGAAUGACGAGUAUCUCAUUCUUGGCCCCGAGCUGCUCGGCUACGACGAGGUCGCUAGCAUACUCUCCGACGUUCUGGGUCGAAAGAUUGUGCACAAACGCGUUUCGGCGCAGGAGCUGGCGGACCGUUACGUUGCUCAGGGCAUGCCGCGGGACUAUGCGGAGAUGAUGGGCGUGAUGGACACGGCCAUCAAGAACGGGAGCGAGAACCGGACGAACAGUGUUAUUCUCGCGGUGACGGGGAAGCAGCCAAGGAAGUUCCCUGUGCAUUGCUUUCACGACAUGGACUCUUCAUUCGUUGCGAUUGAGGACGAUGGGCUGGGGAAAGCCGCCGGCUGCGAGGACGGCCGGAGCACCGAGGAGACGGCGAACCCGCUGACAUACCCCAAGGCGGCCGAAGGCUUUAGUCAGGACCUCUUCAAGAAUCCGACGUCCGAGUAUCGAGGGUGCCCUUUGUGGUCAUGGAACACGAAGCUGGACAAGGACAAGCUCCUCCGGCAGAUUGACCAUCUCAAGGAGAUGGGCAUGGGCGGUUUCCAUAUGCAUGUCCGGACCGGACUGGAUACCGAAUACAUGGGUCCGGAGUUCAUGGACCGUGUUCGGGACUGCGUGGAGUAUGCGGAGAGCAAGGGAAUGCUCGCCUGUUUAUAUGAUGAUGAUCGGUGGCCAUCCGGCGUUGCUGGAGGCAAGGUUGUUAAGCAGUACCCAGAGCACAAGACGAAGCACAUUCUAUUCACACCAUAUCCAUAUGGUUCCGUUGAACUUGGCGGUGGUUGCGCCCCAAGUUCAGCACAAGCAUGUCGCAGUGAAGAAGGCUACCUCUUGGCGCGAUUCUCCAUCAUUCUCGAUGAGAAUGGCCGUCUGAAGUCGAACAAGAAGCUGGAGGAGGGUGAGGAUGCCGAGCCGGGUGGCCGGGUGUGGUAUGCAUAUGUCGAGAUCAACCCUCCGUCAUCUUGGUUCAAUGGCGAGACCUACAUCGACACGAUGAGCACCGAAGCCAUGAACCGGUUCUUGGAGAGCACUCAUGAGGUCUACAAAGACAAGAUUGGCGACAAGUUCGGCACCACGGUGCCCUGCAUCUUUACCGAUGAGCCUCAGGUGGCCAUCAAGACUCAGCUAUCUAGCCCGACUGGAGUAGAAGAUGUCUUUCUCCCAUGGACGGCCGAUCUCCCCGACACAUUCAGGCAGAUGUACGGAGAAGAUGCGGAUCUUGUGAGCAGUAUUCCAGAACUGCUCUGGGAUCUCCCGGGCGACACGCCAAGCUUGGCCCGCUACCGCUUCCACGACCACGUCAGCGAACGGUUCGUGACCUCGUUCCUCGACCUACUGGCAAACUGGUGCAGAAAGAACAAGAUCAUCCUCAACGGCCACAUGAUGGAAGAGCCCACCCUCCGGUCGCAGACCACCGCCCACGGCGAGGCAAUGCGAUGCUACCGAAACCAGACGCUCCCGGGCAUGGACCUGCUCAACGACUGGGUCGAGUACAACACGGCAAAGCAGUGCACCAGCGUGGCCCGCCAAAACGGCGUCCGCGGCGCCAUGAGCGAGAUCUACGGGUGCACGCACUGGUACUUCACCUUUGAAGGGCACAAGGGCUGCGGCGACUGGCACGCCGCCCUGGGCAUCACGUUCCGCGUGCAGCAUCUCAGCUGGGUCAGCAUGGCUGGCGAGGGCAAGCGCGACUAUCCUGCCAGCAUCGGGUACCAGAGCCCGUGGUACAAGGAGUACGGCUACGUCGAGGACCAUUUCGCUCGUGUUGGCGUUGCGUUGACCCGCGGCAAGGCUGUUACGCGUGUUGGUGUGAUUCACCCCAUCGAAAGCUUCUGGCUGUGCUUUGGUCCCAAUAAUAGCGGUGACGAGGAGAGUGGUCGUCGUGAUCAGGCCUUUGCGGAGCUGACAAAUUGGCUGCUUCACGGGCUGGUCGAUUUUGACUUCAUCUCGGAGAGUCUUCUACCGAACCAAAUCGGCGAGGACGUUUCGAGCCCUCUCAAGGUUGGCCAGUGCGAGUACGAUGUCGUGAUCUUGCCAAACUUGCGGACUAUUCGAUCGUCGACCUUUAAUGUUGUGAAGAAGUUCGCUGCGGCGGGCGGCACUGUCAUCAUUGCUGGUGAUGGCCCUGUUCUUAUUGAUGCUCAGGUUGCGCCACCGGAUCUCAGCCUGGACAUCGAGCCGUCAGUCAAGGUCGCUUGGGGCCAAGGCGAUGUUCUCUCUGCCUUGUCUCAGAACCGGGACUUGAAGAUCGACUUGAAGGAUUGGGGACCGACCGAUACCUUGCUCUAUCAGAUGCGUCAAGAUGGAGACGAAAGAUUUGUUUUUAUCUGCAACACGGACAGAAACAGCCCGUAUGACACGCUGGUCAAUAUCAAAGGCGAAUGGGACGUUGAAGUUUUGGAUACCUUUACCGGUGCAACGCAUCAUCACAAAGCUCGGUACGAAAGCGGGUGGACCAUCUUUGACCACAGGUUCGAAGGCUGUGCGAGCCUGCUGCUGAGGCUUUAUUCCGUACCAGGGGAAGAACUUUCCUUCGUCAGCAUCGAAGAGGCAGUGGCACUAGCUCCACCUAAACAGACUUCUGCGGAACUCAAGCUCGAUGAGGUCGUCCUCUCGGAGCCGAACGUGCUGAUGCUCGACUACGCGCUAUACAGAAUUGACGAUGAUCCGUGGGAAGACUCUGCACGACAGGAGAUUCUCAAGAUCGACAACGAAAUCCGAGCACGACUCCGCAUCCCUGCCAAAGGUUCCGCUUGGAAACAACCCUGGAGCGUACCCCAAUCGGAAAGGGCAGCCAAGGUCUACGUGGAUCUCAGAUUCGAGUUCGAUUCCAACGUGAUUGUCAAGACACCGUCCUAUCUCGCGAUGGAGAAUCCCGAAAACGCCAGGAUCACCAUCAACGGCCACAAACUGCCAGUCGACGCAAAGAGGCUCUCUUGGUGGGUCGAUGAGGAUAUCAAGACGAUUCCAGUCCCGAGCAGGACGAUACGAAAGGGCAAGAACGUUAUCGAGCUCAGUAUGCCUUUUGGCGUGUUAACCAAUCUCGAGAGGAUCUACUUGCUGGGCAGCUUCAGCGUCGAGCUGAAGAAUAACUUGCCCGUACUUUGCGAACGACGACAGAGUCUAGGCUGGGGCGAUGUGGUUACGCAAGGGCAUCCAUUUUAUGCUGGCAACGUCACCUACAACUGCAGCUUCUCGCUUAAGUCCCGAUCGAACGUGACUCUUUCGAUUCCACAGUUCGCGACGCCGGUCAUCAAAGUUCAAUGGAAGGAGAAGAGCGGGCAUAUUGCGUUACAGCCUAGAAAGCUGGAUCUCGGUGAGCUUGAUGCUGGGAAGCACGAGAUUGCCAUCACCGCCUUCGGUUAUAGGUAUAAUUCGUUUGGGCAUAUCCACCUGACGGAAGGUGUCUUUGGAUGCUGGCCUGACCUAUGGCGAAGUAAGUUUGCAAUUACCCCGGACGAUGAAGACGUUCUGACAUGCCUAUCAACAGCUGGUGGCUGGGCUUGGAGUGAGGAGUACUUGUUAAAGCCUACUGGAGUCUUGGAAAAGCCUUCCUUGAUCGUGGAAUCAAAGGCCGCUGAAGGGAGCGAAGAUUGGAUUGUCUUGGCCGAAUAG